GGCUGGACGAUCACGGCCGGGCAGGAACGCCAGCCCGAGCAGAGGCCACAGGGAGGCGGCGGGAGCUGAGAGGGCCGGGAUCCAUGGCGCCAGCGGCGUCCGCCUGAGCGGCACGGGAGCGGCGGGUGGCGCGCGGAUCGGGAUCGGGCGGCGGCUCUUCCUCGCCAUGGGGGACGUGCUGUCCACGCACCUGGACGACGCUCGGCGCCAGCACAUCGCAGAGAAAACCGGGAAGAUCCUGACGGACUUCCUGCGCUUCUACGAAGACCAGUAUGGCGUCGCCCUCUUCAACAGCAUGCGGCACGAGAUCGAGGGCCUGGGGGCGCCGCAGCCCCAGCUGCUCUGGCGCAAGGUCCCACUGGAGGAGCGCAUCAUCUUCUCGGGGAACCUCUUCCAGUACCAGGAAGACAACAAGAAGUGGAGGAACCGCUUCAGCCUCGUGCCCCACAACUACGGGCUGGUGCUGUACGAGAACAAAGUGGCCUAUGAGCGGCAAGUCCCCCCACGAGCUGUCAUCAACACUGCAGGCUACAAAAUCCUCACCUCGGUAGACCAGUACCUGGAGCUCGUUGGCAACUCCUUACCAGGGAUCACAUCCAAAUCGAGCACCACCCCCAUCCUCAAGUGCCCCACCAAGUUCCCACUCAUCCUCUGGCAUCCUUCUGCGCGUCACUACUACUUCUGCAUGAUGACGGAGGCGGAGCAGGACAAGUGGCAGGCCGUGCUGCAGGACUGCAUCCGGCACUGCAACAACGGUGAGCAGCCCUGGGGCCGCAUGGGGGAGCUGCCGAGGUUCCAGGAGCUGAUCUUCGAGGACUUUGCCAGGUUCAUCCUGGUGGAGAACACGUACGAGGAGGUGGUGCUGCAGACGGUCAUGAAGGACAUCCUGCAGGCGGUGAAGGAGGCCGCGGUGCAGAGGAAGCACAACCUCUACCGGGACAGUGUGGUCAUGCACAACAGCGACCCCAACCUACACCUGCUGGCCGAGGGCGCCCCCAUCGACUGGGGCGAGGAGUACAGUGGCAGCGGUGACCCCGGGCAGAGCCCCGGCUCCCCGGAAGCCGCCACCCUCUCGGAGAAGCGGCGGCGCGCCAAGCAGGUGGUGUCAGUGGUCCAGGACGAGGAGGCGGGGCUGCCCUUCGAGGCCACCGAGCCGCCGUCACCUGCGUCCCCGGACAGCGUCGCCGAGCUCCGCGGCCUGCUGGCCCGAGAUCUGCGGGCGGAGAGUGCGGUCCACAGCAAGCACAGGUAUCCGCUGCCUGGGGCCGAGGGCUGGCGCCUGCCCAGCCGCGUGGUGUUGGGCUCGGAGCCCGGCACCGCCAGGCCCUGGGCGCUCUUCUCGCCCCUCCCCAGGCUCAUCGGGAGCCAGUGA